AUGCUCGGCUCCUCUCUCAUACCCACGCGUUGGCGACGAAACCACGAUCCCUCCGAACCAGCCAAACCAGGCCAAUACAACCGCGCGAUCACACCCUAUCUGCAGAGCAUUUCCCUCAAAGCCUGCACACAUCCGAUUCGAACACUCGUCCUUGUCGCUGUUCUCGGCAGUGCUCUCUACGUCAAUCUUCUCGAAACUGGCUUCUUCUUGCCUUCGUCGACUCACAACACGAGCCAGCUCGACAUCACUACACUAUCAGUCGGCAGCAGGAGACUACACCUCGGACCAGAGACAGCAUGGAAGUGGCAAUUGGAAGAGAAUGGCAAUGCUGGGAUGAAGACUGUGGUGGACGCGAAAGAGCAAGAACUGGCAUUGGUGACAUUGGACUUUUUGGACACUGGCAACAACUCGCCCAAUGCUGCACCGAAGUCGGUCCCACUUCCUGCGGAUAUUACUGCGGAGCUGGUGCCUUCAAGUGAGAACAUCCUUUCGCCAAUCUCUGGAGAGACGAUGCUCGCUUUCUCACUGCCAUACACCGAGACGGCGCUGUUUCUGAGAAGUGUCAAGGAGAUUCCGGCUUCCAACCCAACGACACAAGCGGAGGACGGUGCGGACGACAUCCCCGAGCAAAAGCGAUGGUUGAUGAAGUCAGCGAAGAAGGGCUCGUCCUCUCACAGCGUUCUGGAAUGGGCACAAAACUCGUGGGCGGCGUUCCUCGAUCUGGUCAAGAACGCGGAGACAUUGGACAUCAUCAUCAUGUCGCUGGGAUACCUUUCCAUGUACUUGACCUUCAUUUCGCUCUUCAUCAGCAUGCGACGAAUGGGCUCCAACUUCUGGCUGGGAACCACCACACUCUUCUCCUCGGCUUUCGCGUUCCUCUUCGGACUGCUAGUCACUCUCAAGUUGGGAGUCCCAGAGAACGUGGUCCUCCUCUCAGAGGGCGUUCCAUUCUUGGUGGUCGUGGUCGGAUUCGAAAAGCCUAUCAAGCUCACCCAGGCUGUUCUCUCGGCUUCAGCGAAGGCCAAGAAUGAGAAUGGCAACGGCGAGGGUCUGACCAUUCAAAGCGCCGUUCAGACUGCGGUGAAAGAGCGAGGAUUCGAGAUUGUGCGAGACUACAUGAUUGAGAUUGUGAUUCUCUGCGCCGGAGCUGCGUCUGGGAUCCAAGGAGGACUCCGUCAAUUCUGCUUCCUGGCCGCGUGGACACUUUUCUUCGACUGCAUCCUGCUCUUCACUUUCUACACUUCGAUCCUCACCAUCAAGCUGGAAGUCAACCGCAUCAAGCGUCAUGUCAAUCUUCGCAAGGCUCUUGAGGAGGACGGCGUCAGCAGGAGGGUUGCCGAGAAUGUUGCUAGCAGCAACGACUGGCCAGCCGGACACAUUGCUUCGCAGUCGACCGAGAAUAGCAUUUUCGGCCGCAAAGCUCGAAGCAGCAGCAUCCCGCGUUUCAAGAUUUUGAUGGUCACUGGCUUCAUCAUGAUCAACGUGCUCAACCUCUGCUCAAUGCCGUUCCGUGGCACUCGCAACAACUCUCCGGUCACGACUGCUGGUCUUUCCAGUGUGGUCACUCAGCCUCCGAUGGAUCCAUUCAAGGUUGCAGGGAAUGGACUCGAUUUCCUGUACAAGCAAGCUAAGCGUAGCUCGCAGCCGGUGAGUGUCACGGUCUUCAACCCGAUCAAGUAUGAACUGCAGUACCCAUCAGUGCACUACUCAGUGCCAGAGCAGUCGGACUGGUCGAUCUUCGAAGGCGAAUACCAGAAUGGCCUCUUCUCAUCAGUCGGCGGUAGAAUGGUCGAGAGCUUGUUGAAGAGCUUCGAUGAUCCGGCUCUCGGCAAAUGGGUCGUUAUUGCGUUGGCGCUGAGUCUUGUGCUCAACGGCUAUCUUUUCAAUGCCGCCCGCUGGAGUAUCAAAGAUCCCAACCAGGAAUCCAAGCCCGAGCCAGCGACCAACGGCCAUGCGAUCGCACCUACUGUUCAGGCUGAGAAAGCUCCUCCGCCGAUGCCCGACCUACCGGAAGGUGCUCUCGAUGGAUCCCGCAAGCGAACGAGAGAGGAAUGUGAAGCAUUGUUGCAGGCUAAGAAGGCACCGAUGCUUGACGACCAUGAACUCAUCGAGCUGUCUUUGCGUGGCAAGAUUCCUGGGUACGCUUUGGAGAAGACGCUGGAAGACAAGACUCGUGCUGUCAAGAUUCGCCGCGCCGUCAUCUCGAGAACUCCUGGAACCGCUGAUCUGACCUCGAAAUUGGAGAAGUCCAAGUUGCCGUAUGAGAACUUCGACUACGACCGAGUGCACGGCGCAUGCUGCGAGAAUGUCGUUGGAUACAUGCCGCUUCCUCUUGGUGUUGCUGGUCCGCUCACGAUUGAUGGCAAGAGCUACUUCCUCCCCAUGGCCACAACUGAAGGAGUCCUCGUUGCCAGCACAUCUCGUGGAUGCAAAGCCAUCAAUGCUGGCGGCGGUGCUCUCACUGUGCUCGUCGCCGAUGGCAUGACUCGUGGACCUUGUGUCGGUUUUGAGACUCUCGCCCGCGCCGCCGCCGCAAAGGUCUGGCUCGACAGUUCUGAAGGCUCAAAGGUCAUGAAAGAGGCCUUCAACUCCACAUCUCGUUUCGCACGACUACAGACACUCAAGUCGUCCAUUGCCGGCACAUACGUCUACAUCCGUUUCAAGACCACCACCGGCGACGCCAUGGGCAUGAAUAUGAUUUCAAAGGGUGUCGAAAAGGCACUCACCAUCAUGCGUACGGAAGGCGGCUUCUCCGACAUGGCCAUCAUUUCCGUUUCCGGUAACUUCUGCACCGACAAGAAGCCCGCUGCGAUCAACUGGAUCGACGGCCGAGGCAAGAGUGUCGUCGCCGAGGCUAUCAUCCCCGGCGAUGUGGUCCGGAAUGUGCUCAAGUCGAACGUCGAUGCAUUGGUCGAGCUGAACAUUUCGAAGAAUCUGAUUGGAAGCGCCAUGGCUGGUAGUAUCGGAGGAUUUAAUGCCCACGCAUCGAACAUUGUCACCGCUAUCUUCCUGGCUACUGGACAGGACCCGGCCCAGAAUGUGGAGAGCAGUAAUUGCAUCACUGUCAUGAAGAACCUCAACGGCAACCUCCAAAUCACCGUCUCAAUGCCCUGCAUCGAAGUCGGCACCAUCGGCGGCGGCACCGUCCUCGAACCCCAAGCCGCCAUGCUCGACCUCCUCGGCGUCCGCGGCCCACAUCCCACCACUCCUGGCGCCAACGCACAACAACUGGCCAAGAUCGUCGCUGCGGGUGUCCUGGCUGGAGAACUGAGUCUGUGCUCCGCGCUGGCUGCGGGACAUUUGGUGCAGGCGCACAUGAGCCAUAACCGGAGUGCUGUGCCGAGUCGGGCGCCGAGUCCGGGACCGGGUGGUGCGAAGCCCGCGGAGAGUGCGGCGGCGAUGGUGAAGGGGUUGGGGAUGACUAGUGUGCGGUGA